GCGGAGGCGGUGGCGCCCGAUGCUGCGGCGCCCGCUGGUCGGGCUGGCUGUGGCCGCCCUUGGUCGCGCCCCUGCAGACGGCAUGUCGGGACCAAGGCCAGUGGUGCUGAGUGGGCCGUCGGGGGCAGGGAAGAGCACCCUGCUCAGGAAGCUGUUCCAGGAGCACGGCAGCAUCUUUGGCUUCAGUGUGUCCCAUACCACGAGGAACCCACGGCCAGGCGAGGAGAACGGUAAAGACUACUACUUUGUGACCAAGGAGGUGAUGCAGCGUGACAUUGCAGCAGGGGACUUCAUCGAACAUGCUGAGUUCUCGGGAAACCUGUAUGGGACGAGCAAGGCUGCUGUGCGGGCCGUGCAGGCCAUGAACCGCAUCUGUGUGCUGGAUGUGGACCUGCAGGGUGUGCGUAACAUCAAGAAGACUGACCUAUACCCUAUCUACAUCUCUGUGCAGCCACCCUCACUGGACGUGCUGGAGCAGCGACUGCGGCAGCGCAACACCGAGACCGAGGAGAGUCUGGCAAAGCGGCUGGCAGCUGCACGGGCCGACCUGGAGAGCAGCAAGGAGCCCGGCCUCUUUGACCUGGUGAUCAUCAAUGACAACCUGGAGGAGGCCUAUGCAGAACUGAAGGAGGCACUCUCUGAGGAAAUCAAGAAAGCUCAGGGGAAUGGCCAUGCCUGAGGACCUGCUUCACUCCACAGGGCACUUCUGUACCCCAAUUCUGCCUGAGUCCUGAGGAAGUGGGACUUGGCCAGAGCACUGGGGACCUGAAAUAGGCUCCCACUAUGGAAUAGGUGGAGCUGCCCCUUGCCUGGCCACAUGGUGGCUCUGCACCCUCAGCUGGUGUGCGCUGAGCCAAGUUGAAGGUUGAAGGACUCCAUGGUGCCUCCCUGUACUGUCCCCAUGUGUCCCUAUUCCUGUCUUUCCUGCUGGAGCAGGACUGAUAUCCUAAUAAAGUAACUAUUGGGUUAGAA